GCUGAAAGGCCUGCCUGUCAGCUGAACACUGGUUAAGAUGCGUCGACAAACACCUUGCGCUGGAUUUAUAGCUAUUGAUGAUAAAAAAGAAGGAUUUUUGCCCUUGUUGGAUGUAACAGAGUAGGACGCAGUGUGGAAAAUGGUGUUUAUUGUACAGUGUUUAUAAAUAAGCCAAUGGGAAUUAGAGGACGGGAUCCGAUCGCAGCGCCGUUGUUGUUUGUGGAGGAGAAGAAGGUUUGAUAGAGAGAGAGAGAGAGAGAGAGAGAGAGAGAGAGAGAGAGAUGGUCAUGAUGGUGAUGAUGAUGUCUGCGUAUCCUGCUGUGUGUCUCAUCGCGCUGGCGCUUCUCAGCUGGUCCUGUGCGCACGAUGCGGUGCGGAAACCUCUCCAUGUUCUGAGCGCAGGUGACGCACAUCCUCAGUCCAGCUUCACCGGCCUGACUCCAGCUCCCACCGUGCUGUCCUCCAGCUCCAGCCGUCCUCCCACCAGCGACCCCGGAUCUCCAUCUCCUGAGCGUUUGCGAGAAGAUGCUGCGCUCCUGGAGCUCCGUGAACCCAGAGCUGAGCGUCUGCUGGCACAAAGACGCCAGAGCUCCGUGGCUGAUAAAGCUCAGGACGCAGGGGUUAUCACAACCUCAGACAAUUCCCAAGAGAUGGUGUGUAACUGCAGUACGGAGGGUGUGUUGGAGCCGGACGAGUGUGACCGUGACACGGGGCAGUGUGUGUGUAUGGCGGGAUACACGGGUCUCCAGUGUGAGGAGUGUGAGGAAGAUCACUUCAGUAACGGAACCAUCGGCUGUCUUCCCUGCGGCUGCGACUCGUUCGGUGCCGACGGUCCAGGAUGUGACAGCUCGGGGACGUGUGUGUGUAAGACGGGAGUGUACGGCCCCAAGUGUGACGACUGCCACCCAGGAUUCUUCCACUUCAGCAGCUCGGGGUGUCAGCCGUGUCAGUGCAACGGACACUCCACCUACUGCCACCCGCAGUCCGGUGUGUGUAUGGACUGUCAGGACAACACUCAGGGACAGAACUGUGAGGAGUGUAUGCCACGCUACUACCGAGCACCAGGUGGAGGUGUGAAGGAUGAGUGUUUGCCCUGCCCCUGCCCCAGCCACAGCUCUACAGGCACCUGCCACCUCGAUCCCAGCAGCCGUGCCGUGUGUGACGAGUGUAAAGCUGGCUUUGCACCACCUACAUGUGAAGUGUGUACAGACGGCUUUUUUAACUCGGGAGGCGAGUGUGUGAACUGCAACUGUAAUGGAAACGCAGAUCCGCUCUCAGGGCCCACGAUCUGUCAUCCGGGGAGCGGCCGCUGUCUCCUGUGUGCUAACCACACGGCAGGGACACACUGUGAGCUCUGUGCCUCGGGAUACACCGGAGACGCUCUCGCCCACAACUGCACACAGAGAGCCUCAAGGCUCCUCCCAGUCCCUACAAGAACUUCCAUAAUCACGAGCCCGCAGACCUCCAGCUCCACCCCUGCACCUCCAGCUUCGUCCCUUCUCUUCACCUCGUCCCCAAGCAAAGCCCCGCCCCUUCAGUCUGGCCCGGGAGACCCCGCGGCCAGCAACAGCACAGCCUCUGCACUUGCCGUGGUUUCAUGGACGCAGUUCAACGUCAUCGUCCUGGCUGUGAUCAUCGUUCUUCUGGUGCUGCUGAUGGGCUUCGUGGGCGGCGUGUACACAUACCGCGAGUACCGCAACCGCAAGCUCAACGCACCGUUCUGGACCAUUGAGCUGAAGGAGGACAACAUCAGCUUCAGCAGUUACCAUGACAGCAUCCCGCACGCAGAGCCUGGCGUCCUACUAGAGGAGGAGCAAUGCUCGGCGCCGUCUAAUGGCCAACUCGCUUUAGCGCCUGCCGCUAACGUUUACAAGGCGUGACAGGAAGCGUAUUCGCGUGACAUGGUGGGAGAGACGCUUUACAUUUUCAAGAACGCGCUAAGACAUCGAGCUAACGUCUCAGUCUGGCGGAUCAUUAAGUUAAACCCACGUAAGAACAUUAGGAGGAAGACACUUUCAAGGUUUUAUCGCUCAGUCAUCGUUGUCAUGUGCAAAGUAUUAAAAGGAGAAGAGAUUGCUACGAGAAUCAGAAAUUCAGAAAAGACGCUGUACGGUUUUCAACCGUUCUCACGGAGCUAACGCUAACAUCAUUACUGCGGCGGAUUAGAUAGUUAACGCGUCCGAUUGAUCGACACAUCGGUAUGCUACGAAGCGCGCUAAUGAGCUCUUGAGUCUGACGCUACGUCAUUUUCAAAGAACGAAGGCUUGCGCUAGGAACCGACGCUAACGUCUAAAGUGCGGUGACUCAUCUGUUUAAACGCAUUUCGUUUCUUCCGUGAUGAUGCUAUGUACAAAGCGUGAAAGGAAAUGCAUAUAGAUAAGAUAAAGAUUACUCACUUUUUUGCUGCACCGUUUUUGAUGCCAUGGACAAAAAAACGGAAAAGGAAAAAUAUGAGGAAACGUGAGCUUCUAUCUCUUAUCUAGGAGCUAACGCUAGCAUUUCAGUCCAGUCGUUUGCCCACUAAAGACGGUUUUGAAGAGGUUAUGUACAGAAAAGUGUUUUUUAAAGCUAUAUUUGUGCCAAGUGCUAGUGCUAACACCCAGAUACCGUAAUCUCGAAGGCUUUAUUUCAUACGAUAUGUGAAUGAAAGAAAGAAAGUGUACCCAGGAGAAAAAAAAUGGUGCUUUAGGUUUCCAGAAGAACUUCCUACAGAAUCAAACGCUAGCAUCUUAGUCCAAUGGCUCGACCUUUGAUCUUCUGCUCUGUCGUCCGUGCUGCGAUAUCGCUUGGAAAUCGAAAUAUUUCUGAUUAGGGAAUUUAAGAAGCAGCUAAUGCUAACACAGGCUAAUACUAACAUCGCGCUGAGGUAAGUAAACCGGUUAAAUCAAUGCAGAAGGUUUUCCGAAACCCCGCCCAUUUCCCCUCGCGUCUGAAAUCGAUAAUCUUUCGAAAUAUCGAUUUUCUUGCUUGAUGCGAUGUCCGUGCUUUCAGUCGUAUUAAAUAUUUUGGCUUUGAUCUGCGGCGUGUAAUAAAACCGAUCCGCGUGUUCAGCUUCGCCACAGAUAAACAGGUUUACGCUGAAAGUUUCGCCGUAACCGAAAUCCGCUGAAACGGCGGUACGUCCCGGACGAUUUCAUCAGCCUGUGAUCGAUUGGAAUCGGUUUUAAGGGAUAAAAUAAUAAACACUGAUUUAUUAUUUUUAUUAUUACUAGUAAACAGCACAGUUACAUCGCUUUGGUUGAACUUUACACACUGGAGCCCAACACACACACCCCUCCCCCACCCCCCAAACCGCUCUCUCCAGCACCCAUCAUUUAUCCAGGCAAUAACUUUCCUUACAACAGGAACAUGAGUAACUCGAUGUUUUUGGCACGGACGCUUAACCUCAGAUGGGAAAUCACAGCUGGUGCUAAAAAGCAGGACUACUAAAACUCACUCCCGGGUUUGGCUUCACUCUCCACUGGGAGAUUCCUUCUCAGCUUCUUUUUAUCAACACUCAUCGCCAUUUUCCCCAGUCGGCUCUCCAGCCGGGUUAUUCCCGCAACUCCCACUGAAUCCCAAUGACGUAAUUAUGAUCAUAAACUUAAAAACAUGUAUGAAAAACGCAUCACAGCUCCGAUGUACAGAUCAGAUGUCUGAUCCUGUUUGUGUGGAUUAUUGCUUCACAUCCGGUGACGAGCUCAUGUUCUGCACAACCUCAUUGGCUGAAUGAUAUUACAAUAAACAUUGAAGUCAUUUGGUAUAAACGCUUUACGGCUUCGAGCACAAGGGGAUUUCUGACCAACGAAACUUCAUAUUUAGCUCCGGAGCUCCAAAACCUACCAGUUGUACGAUUCAGUAUGUGCCGAUAUAUAUCGUGAUCUUUUUUUUUUUUUUUUUA